UGCUUGUAACCAGAAAUAAAUCUAGUUUAUUAGUGUUGACUAAAUACUCCAGAGCGGGCAAAGCUUGUCACACCAGUUCCAGUACAAUGUAGGCCAAACAUGCUUAACAAAAGAACCAGUUUUCCUGAACAAAGAGGAGUAGCCAACACAUGUCAACUUCAGAGAAAAGUCUAGUUACAGAAUGUGGUCGAGCAAACAAAGGCAGGGCAAGAGUGAGGAUCUCCACCAACCUGAUAUCAACAUGAUGCAUCACUUCUAAAAACUGAAGAGUGUGACAGAAAGGAGGAAGAAGAAACUGCUAAAUACAGGAGAAGAGGGGUGGGGUAUAGUUGAUGAGGGGUGGGGUUAGGAAAACACACAAGGUGGAAAAAAGACAAACAGAGAGCAGCUCACUGAUCCCCAGAGCCAGACAAAUCACCUGAGAAAAGCAAUACAAUAAAGAUCUGAGCAGCACGGCUGAACCCGGACAACACAUUCAGCUGGGAGGAUGUAUGAAAAGUGUCUGACUGUGUGAAGGAGAAAAACAUGAGCCUGGAAUAACAGGUUUGAAUCUUUUCUUUUGGGAUAUAAGACACACCUGAAGCAGCUGAGGAUGUCUUCUUUAGCAGAUGCAGACUUCCAAUGCAAGCAAGGAGACACUAUCUGUGCGAUCCGUGUGUAUGAGCAGGAGGUGAUCAUUGUGCCUAUCUUGCUGCUGGCCAGCUUCCUGGUCACUCUGGUCUUCAUUAUCCUGCUGCGCUAUUGUCCAGAGAAAGUCGAUCGCAUCCGUCCACAGUCCUCCAGGAGAGUGCUGCAUGGCAUCGAUGCUCCACCCGGUAUCAAUGUCCUGGAGCAUGAAAGCAUUGCUCUGGACGUGCCCAAUUCCUACUCCACCUUCCACCCCCCGAACACUCACAACUCCAAAAACCCCUCUGUGUCUAUGGAAACACCCUCUCUCCUGCCCAGCCCCCUCCCACAGCCCAUUAAGCCCAGUUUCACUCCCAUCGUCCAGCCGAGAGAGUUGCCCCGGCAGAGGCUGCCCGAGUCUUUCAACCUGGUCACCCCUCUGCCUGUUGCCUUCUCCCUGCACACCGACUCCUCUGUGUCCCUCUACAGGGCCCGAAUGGAAAACAGGAACGUUGUAUUGCGAGUCCUAAAGGACUCUGCUGAUGCCACAGAAAGACACAACUUCUUGGGCUUUGCGUCCUUCCUGUCCCAGCUGGGACCACAUCCCUUCCUGCCAGAGCUUCUUGGUGUGGUGUCACUUCGAGCUCCUCUUAUUACAGUUGUAGAAGAGCUGGAGAAUAGAGACCUGCUCAGCUUCCUGUGGCGAUGCAGACAGGAGCAUGUGAAUCCUCCUUGUGAGAUGACUGAGAGACGAAUACUUACCAUGGCCAAACAGGUGGUCUCAGCUCUGGAGUUCCUUCACAGCAAAGAUCUUCUCCACGGAAACAUUUGUGCUCGGAGCGUACUGGUCACCAAGGACUUCACUGCCAAGCUUUGGGGCCUGCAUGGGGUCCACACAAGGAAGAACCAGGGAGCCACUCAGAGAGAUGAUCCCAGCAUGAAGAAAUGGCAGGCACCAGAGCUGUUAGCCAAGAGACCUGCCAGUCAGAGCAGCGACAUCUGGUCAAUUGGCAUCUUACUGUAUGAAAUGGCAACAUUGGGUGAAGCUCCAUAUGCAGACAUCUCAGUAAAUGAGCUUCUGCAGUUUCAUCAACGAGGGAAAAGUCUAAAAAAACCUCCCAACUGUUCCAACACGCUGUAUUCCAUCAUUAAGGGUUGUUGCCAGUGGAAGGAUCAAGAUCGACCCACUCUGGCUGAAGUGAGCCACAAGCUCCACUCAGGAGAGAAAAGUGCCUCUGACAAAGUCCUCAAGGUGUCUGGGACAGUUAACAUCGAGCAGUACCUGAAGGAAGCAGGAUACGGGGAAAAGAACAGUUACACUGUUUUCUGAUCACUGCCUGUGCCAGCUAAAUAAAUUGCACUUCUCUCCGCAAUGAUGCACUUCUCCAAAACAAUAUCUUUCAGGGAAAAUAAAAGUUUUCCAAACUUUUGCUUACUUUUGGUUUUGGGCACUGAAAUUGUACUUUUAUUUUAAGUAGUCUCCUACUUCCGGAUCAUGCAGCAUAAAUGAGAAAACCUGUACGCUAAGUAAGUUGUCUACUUUUGGGAACCAUUCAUUUUCUUCUGAUUAAAACCUCAUUCAUGUGCUUCUUUGUCUGAUAGCUAACUCUUUGGAGUUAAGCAGUGUUGUUGGGAAAAUACAACCAGUAAUUUUGUUGUAGUACACAUUAAGAUAGGUAAACUUGACCAACUUACAACCACUGCAUCCUUAACUUGUAGUUGAUACUGUUAAUUUAUGACGGUUUUACAGAUCUUGUUUAUAGCAUAAUACAAAUGUAUAUUAACAGAUGUAAUAUAUGUUCUUACCACAUUUUUGUGUGAUUUGUUGGCAGUUGGAAAUAAAGGACACAAAUGUAUUCAUGCUAUUGUACUU